AUGUCGUCAGAAAAAUUCCAUUCUUUAUUCUCAAACGAACCCGAUCAAAUUGCUUCAGUAAUAAGGACAAAAAAGAACAACCCAAAUCACAUCAAGAGACCAAUGAAUGCGUUUAUGGUUUGGUCCCAAAUCGAACGCAGAAAAAUUUGCGAACAAACUCCAGAUAUGCAUAAUGCAGAAAUUUCUAAGAACUUAGGGCGAGUUUGGAAAACGCUAAACGACGAGGAAAGGCAGCCUUUUAUAGAUGAAGCGGAAAGGCUAAGACAACUGCAUAUGCGCGAGUACCCUGAUUAUAAAUAUAGGCCUCGCAAGAAGACAGCAAAACCUGCACAAAGAAGUGGUGCAAUAACCAAGCAGAAGCGUAAACAGAGAGCUGACAGUAACAACAAUAGAGGUGUAUCCAGACGGAGAACGCGGACGGUCCCGAGUAUCUCCAGUGUUCCAAUGGAAACACCAGCUCCUCCGCCACUGCCAGCAUCACCAGCAGGAUCGCCGGAUUCUCCUGAAUCUGCGUGUUUCUAUGACGAUAACACGAAACGCGAUCAAUCAGACCUAACUGAACUCUAUUCAAUUACGGAUUUAUUUACGUUACCAGCAGACUGUGAAGUUGAUCUAGACGCGUUGACGGAAAUGGAGGACUUUGAGACGGCAUCUUCUUCUUCGGGAUCACACUUUGAGUUCUCAUGCACGCCGGACGUGUCUGAUAUGCUCAGUGAGAUCGGCGUAGCAGGGGAUUGGGAUGACCCUACUUUCUCAUCGUACCUUACGUCAUUUGAUGAUGAAAUUUGA